AUGAAAAAUCAUUGGCGUUAUUUCGAUGCCAAUUGGAAUGGGAAAAUAACUCCUACAGCUAACCCCCCAGCUAAAGGUCGUCGAGCAACGUCUCUCGCCUUCUGCGAGCCUUCGCGAUCGCGGAAUGCGAGUUUCAGGGAGCAGGAACAUCUAAAUGUUCGCUAUAGCAUUGGACUUAAGGAUGCUCUUGUCGACUGGUCACGUGCGCAUACAUUCACCGCAUCCGGCUUUCCGAAUCUGGGGCCUUGGGGGAGUCCCGGCCGAACGCUCUAUUCAUGCCGCCGUGGCUACGUGGGUGUUCCUUCGUGCUCCCUCUUCAGCUUCGCAAAUCUACACAGCUUCGUACCUGGUCCUCCAAACGUUCCUAGCAGAGCUCAGACUCAGGCAUACGAAACGCGGCGAUCCAGGGUGACUGGCCUUAAGGAAGUGUUGCGCCGCAGUCGUCAGCGAUCACGGCAUACAUCUAUGACUAUUGCUAAUGUGCAGUCCACGUCAUUAAGUUCUUCCUCGUUGGAUACACCCGCCGUGCUACGUCUCCAAAUCUAUUCACACGUCGCUACGCCCUGGUAUCACCGCCGUCUUAUUUCGGAGAGCUCUACUUCGCCAGCAAGUCUACCCAUCGAAAAAUGA